AUGGCUGCAUGUCUUGACAGCAGCAAACACCUUCCGGCUAUGGCGGGCAGCUUGUUAUCCACAAGCUACCGGGAGUAUGCAUGUGGUGUCUUGACGGAUGCCGGAGGCAGCAUAGCCAAUAUCGCAGCAAUGCCUAUUGGAAGGAAAGCAAACAUUGUAGAGCGGUUACAGACAUCCGAUUGGAUAUCCAUAUUCUCUCAAGUCUGCAGGACACGCGCAAUCUGUGAUACCCUUAGUUCGCAGGGGCAGCCACGUUUGUUGUUGGAGACGGUCAUCUCAAGUUUCGGGUUUCUGGCAAACUUCGGCAAAACAGAGCUUGCAAAAUCUUCACACUUCCAGGUGGAAAAUCGUUCCGGUACUAGUAGGCGGACUGUCCGUCGAUGA